GGUAGACUCCAGGAUCUAAAUGCUUCCAGACAGGAAGAUGUAUGCAUUAUGGAAGAGACCCCAAAAUAGGAGUGGGUUCAAGCCACUGCCUGUUGUGAUCAUAGGAAAUGGACCUUCAGGAAUCUGUCUCUCAUAUUUGCUGUCAGGCUAUGUCCCUUACUUCAAAAGAGACUCUCUUCAUCCUCAUCCCAUUCUUCAGAGGAAACUGGAAGAGGCAAAAGAUGUCUCCAUUUUGGACCAGGAUUUGGAGUAUCUGUCUGAAGGCUUGGAGGGACGAUCCCACAGCCCUGUGGCUCUUCUGUUUGAUACUCUCCAGCGUCCAGACGCAGACUUUGGUGGAACAGCAGAAUCUGUCCUUACUUGGUGGUAUGAGACUGACAGAGCCAUCCCUCACCUGGUCCUUGGCAGAAACUCUCCUGGAGGUGCCUGGCAUUCUAUUGAGGGCUCUAUGGUUACCCUGAGCAGAGGGGAAUGGAUGGGACUCCCAGAUCUCCCGUUCAAGGACUGGCUAAAGCAAAAGAGAAGAGGCCUCAGAAACAAUAGAGCCACAGCAGAAGACAUUGCUCAAUAUUACCAACACUAUGUGAUGAAGAAAGGACUGCAGAAGAAUUUCAGAUGUGGUACUGUUGUGACCUCUGUGAGGAAAGUGAGUGCAGAGAGCAUCUCCAACCACAUGGAGAAAGAUCUGGAGGAGAAUAGUGACCCACUUUGGAACCUCAAUGAAGAAAGUAUGGAGGUCUUUCAGGUGGAUGGAUUUUUCAAAAAUAUGAAAGGUGAUAAAGAACCCUUCUCCAUCUAUGCAGAGAAUGUGGUCUUAGCUACAGGAACAUACGAUAGUCCUACUUGGCUUGGGGUCAAGGGAGAGAACCUUUCCUAUGUCCAUCACCAGCUCUCUGCCCUAGAGGAAGCAGUGAAGAACAACAGCAUUGGCAUCAUGUCAGAUCCAGUCUUGAUUGUAGGUGCUGGUCUCACAGCUGCUGAUGCAAUUCUCCUUGCUCACCAUUGCAAUAUUCCAGUAAUCCAUGUUUUUCGGAGGCGAGUCAGUGAUCCGGGUCUUAUUUUUAACCAGCUUCCCAAAAUGAUGUACCCUGAAUACCACAAAGUCCAUCAGAUGAUGAAAGAACAGUCAGCUGCUUGUGCUGGGCCCUAUGAAUGUUACAUCAGCCUUCCUGAGCAUCAUGUGCUAUCCUUUGGCAAGGACAAGAAAUGUAUCUUUCAAGACAAGAAUGGCUACCAGAAAGUUUAUAAAAUUUCCAUGGCUCUUGUUCUCACUGGCUCAAACCCCAACCUCUCCUUUCUGCCAAAUAAUGGCGUUGACUUGGCAAUGGACAGUGACCAACCAGUCAAUCCAAAGAGGAAUCCCAUAGAUGUUGACCCAUUCACCUAUGAAUGCACUCAGGAGAAAGGGCUUUAUGCUCUAGGGCCACUAGCUGGAGAUAACUUUGUACGCUUUGUACAGGGAGGGGCUCUGGCUGUUGCCAGCUCGCUGUUAAAGAAAGCAAACAAAAAUCCCCCCUAAUGGGGGGGGGGGGGGGGAAAAAUAUCCCUGUGCUAACUGUGUCUGAAUGGGUUACUGCUGUUUUCGAAGCGAAGCAAGUC